AUGCCCAAAGAAAGUAGCGGGCAUCUGGAAGUUCCCACCAACGUGAUGGAUAUGUGGGAAGCAGCCGGAACCCAGCGAGAUGCUCUUUUCUCCAUGUGGGCCAAGUCUGGUGGGGUCAAGGCGGUCUUGAUCGAGAGGGUUACUAUCAUGAGCAAGAAGACCCGGUCCCAAAAGCUGGUGGUAAAGGGAGGCUUCUACUCGAGAGAUGAUAUGAAAUCGGAGCAACGGAUUGAGAAAAUCGUGAAAUGGGCCGAGUCGAAAGGACUCACUCGGCCCUGUGAAUACGACAGCGACGUGACCGAAUACUGGGUGAAUACCAGGACCGAGGGAACCCUGACGAAGGAAGACCUCGAGGAAAUCUCACGCCAGAAGGAGUACGAGGGGUCUGGUGGUACAGAUCUCGAGAUGAAACCAUUGGUGCAUACGGACGGCUUUAACCUUGAUCCGGCCGACCCUAUGCUCGGGAUGUCCCAGCAAAUGGAAGGUGAUACUCGCAAGCCGGUAGCCACCCAGGUCAACGAGUAUUUGCGGGAAACCCUCCGGGCCAAGAACUCCCUCCAAAACUUCCUUGAUAGGCUGAGGACAGCUGCUGGCUCGGACGGUGCCCACCAAGAGAGCAUUCGCAAACUCGAGACUGUGUACAGAGAGCUGGACAACACCUACGACGAACUCGCCGACGCAAAAGCAGAAGGCCGAACUGGUGGUUUCACCGAGCUCACGAACGAUUGCGAGAUGUGUUUCAAGAAGGCUCAGAAACUGAUGUCAAAGGCCGCCACCUUGGAGGCUGCCAACAAGAUGCUAAGAAAGCGGCGGCAUGAGCUGCUCCAAUCCGCUGCUCUCUGCAAUCUCGGCGAUGAAAUCCCAACCGGGAUCAGCGAGAUGGCUUACCUGCUGGCCCGGAAAUAUGCCAAAGGAGCUUGGGACCUAGUUCCGGCAAAAGACUUGGUCGUCGACGCAAAAGCUGCCUCCCGUCGCGAUCCUUGCGAGGUGCUGGGGCGGUUGGCCAAGUGUAAGGAGAGCUCUGCUGAUGCACCAGUAUACCAGAUAUUUCGGGACAAUGGCAUGACCAUGGGGAUCAACUUUUCCUACGCGAAGGUGGGUUCGAUUGAAAGGUUUCCUUACAUUGACCCACGGGAUCUGGUGGAACAGAUCGCCGACAAGGGGUUCUUCCACAGGGUUCUAGGCCUACGAGUGGAGGUUGCCGAGAAAUCGCUUAUCAAGUUCUGGGAUACUUUUCGAUUGCUUCAUCCCCGGCAUCCCAUAUUCGACCAAUACAUGGACAUGCAACAUGUCAUACCGUACUACUUUCACGGUGAUGGUGGACGGGGAUUCAAGAAGGAGGCUGUGGAUAUUUUCAGUAUGAUACCAUGUUUGGGAUCAGGCUCACGGAAACGGCCAGUCCACUUGGCCGGUUCCAAGGCCAAGAGAUCUUAUGACGAGACAAACGAAGACUGCACGCUCGGCAUCAACUUGCGGGGCAUCACUGCUACAACUCGGUUUCUUUUCACUGUUCUGGGAAGUUUGGUAGCCAAAAACCAUCCAGAUGCCUUUGACGGUAUUGCUGAACUAUGGGGCAAACGAUUGCAAUCGCUUUUUCUGGAAGGGUUUUGGGCUCAUGGCAACACAUGGAGGAUUGCUAUCGUUGGCUUCACUGGCGACAGCCCCUUCGUGAAGAAGAUUGCGCACAUGACACGCUCAUUUCAUAAUGUGCGGAAGGCCGCUUCGUCAAAACGAAAUCAACCUGGAUGCUGCAUGAUGCUGCUGGCUUUGUCGAGCUGGCUUUCAAACCGCCGAUGA